UAACUGUGUUAUUACAUUACAGUUAGUAAAAUUAUAAACUGUUUUCUACGCCCGCAUCUACGCUAGAAAUUGUGUUUUAUUUUGUACAAGGCGUGUUUCGUAAAUCUCCUUAAAAUGAAACUAAUGUGGCAGUGCAUGUUCUCGCCGAGACUGUACAAGAUUUACAAGGAAGGUGCCAGAGAUACCCUCUACCAACCAGAAGGAAUGGAGAAAUGGGGAGACAAAAUCAUCUCUACAGCUAGCACCAUCCUCAGCAUCAGUCUAUACACGUCACCAUUCAUCUGCUUCUACAUCUACAAGCGCGGUUUCUUUUCCGCCGACGAGACCCGCGUACUAGUCCGGUACAUCGGAGGCCUAAGCUGUCUCAUCGCCCUAUCUUACAUCAUCCGGGGCUUGGGACGGGCUAGUAACCCUAAAUAUGUUGAGUUUUUGAAAGCGCUGAACACCCCCGUGACCGAUCAUAAGGCGUACCUGCAAGGCAUUAGGAAGUACGACUUUGAAUUCCAAUACUGGCCAGCAACUUACUUGUUGUCGAAGCAGAAAAACAGUUCGGCGUGGCUCGCCCGGCACCCGUUCGCCUCCUGCGCGAACCCCGAUCUGCCGGCGUACCAACGAACCACCAUACAGGUGCUGGCCUACGUGGCCACGCACACGUUCGCGCUGAGGUUGAUAUAUCCCGGCUCGCUUGGUCUUAUACAAAAUCUGCUGCGCACUGCAUUAUUCCAAGGGCGCACUCAGCUGGUCGAAGCUUUCAACGGCCAACGCGCCAAGGUGCGCUCGGCCGACGGGAACGACCUGGACACCAUGUUCGUGGACAACCGCGAUGAGUCGCCCAAGGGCAAGAUCCUGGUGGUUUGCUGCGAGGGCAACUCUGGCUUCUAUGAGAUAGGGAUUAUGACGACGCCGGUGAAGGCUGGGUUCUCGGCGCUGGGGUGGAACCAUCCAGGAUUCGGUGGGAGUACUGGCCUCCCGUACCCGCCUCAAGAGCAGAACGCCAUGGACGCCGUGAUGCGAUACGCCAUCAACCAGCUAGGCUUCGAGCCGAAGCAGAUAGUCAUGUACGGCUGGUCUAUAGGCGGCUACGCGGCUACAUGGGCCGCUGUUAACUACCCCGAGGUCAAAGCCCUGGUGCUCGACGCAACGUUCGACGACCUGCUCCCGCUCGCGGAGAACCAGAUGCCGUCGUCCUGGUCGCUCCUGGUGAAGGAGGUGGUCAGGUCGCACGUGGACCUGAACAUCGGGGAGCUGCUGGCGCGGUACCAGGGCCCGGUGCAGCUGGUGCGCCGGACCGAGGACGAGAUCAUUUGCUUGCGGCCCGGCCAGCUCUCAUCCAACCGCGGCAACCACCUCCUGCUGAAACUGAUCGAGUCUCGCCACGAGCUGUCGGCCGAGGCGCUGGCGGCCGUGCGCAAGUACGCGGCGCUGCUCGAGAGCCAGCGAGCCGCGCUGCAGCGGCAGGAUGUGGACGAGAGUGUCAAUGGGCUUCUGAAGCUGGUCUCAAAAUACAUGCGCGACUACCGCUCAAGCCACUGCACGCCGCUGCCCGAGGAGCACUUCGAGGCCAUCAUGGAGAGUCUCGCGGUCCGUCAGUAGCGUUGUCGUGGUCAGCCAU